AUGACUGUACCAUAUUCAUUAAAUCGAAAUCAAGAUGAUGAUUUUCAUAUUACAAUUAUAACACAUAAUAAAUCGUUAAAACCUUUAAUACGUUUUAAUUUAAAUAUGAUUGAAUGUUCAAAUAAAAAUUCAUUAUUAAAUUGGACAUCACUUGAAUCAUCAUCAACAUUACAUGGUGAAUUUCUUCGUACAUCAUUUAUUGAUAAAAACUUAAUGUAUUUACAAUCUGGUAAUACAUAUUUAAAAAAUUUAACAGCUAUUGAUUGUUUAACUAAAACAAUGUAUCGUACAGAUGAACAAGAAUUAUUUCAACUUGAUUUACGUAUUGAAUCAACAUUAAAUGAUUAUUGUUCAAAUGAGCAUUUAUGUUAUCCAGAAGAAAAUUAUCAAUGUAAUCUAAUCAAACAUCGUUGUAUAUGUCGACAACCAUUACAAUCUUAUUCAAUUAAAGAAUCGUUUUCAAUAUGUGUACAAGCUGUUGAUAAUAUUGAUCAAUGUACAAUGAUAAAUAAAAGAUGUUUACAAUGGUGUCAUCAAAAUAAUUCAACAACAAAAUGUUUAUGUCCAAAGGAAAUUUCGAAAAAAAAAAUUUCCUAUAAUAAUCAAGCUUAUUGUGAAAGUCGAACGGGUGGAAUAUGUAAUUCAUUUAUUCAAUGUCCAUUAGAAAAUUUAUGUAUACAUGGAACUUGUCAACAUAUUAAUAAUGAAUUCUAUCAAUCAAUUUCUAUGAAUAUUGCUACUAUUUCAAUCAUAGUCUCAUGUCUGAUUAUUUUUAUGAUAAGUGCUAUUUUGGGAAUUGGUAUAUAUAUACUACGUCGCCAACGAUGGAAAAAGCAUUAUCAUUCACCAAUUAGUUCUGUUUGUGCAAAACAACAACAAAUGACUGUACCAACUAUAAGUGAUUACGAUAAUAUAACUUAUGGAGCAUUUCGUGCUAAUAUACAACUUUCAUCUAGUGAUGAUAAUGAUAGUUCACCAAUGACAACUUCGGAUGAUUGUUCAUAUGAACCAAAAAUAGUUUAUCUAGGCGGUGAACAACAAUUAACAGCUAUAUUUGCUUAA